AUGACCAGGAAUACUCAAGCCUCGAGGAUGUGCUCCAGAGAAGGAACGUUCCGCUGUCAUUUUCGUAACAAACUCUUUUCAGCAGUCAAAUUGCCACGUCAAGAUUCGAGAGAGAGCAUUAUCGCCAAUAAUCACAUUGUCACCGAUAUACAAGGCAAAAGUGCUCCCGUCAACAGUCUCUCGGCACCUAUUACUUAUCAGCCAUGA